AUAUUAACAACGGAUCCCUGGCGGUAGUGGGAUUCGGGUAAAUUCGCGUGUUGGAGACGGGGUGCGCCGUCACCGCGCUUUCUGCAUCGGGUUACGCCAUUCAUCCAGGGUCAUUCGGUUCACCAGGGGUAACGCAGCAGUAACGGCGACCGGACAAACACGAUGGAUACAUCACGGGCGCGCGUGCCACCGUUUUCCUCAUGAACCGACCGGCGGCGGCGGCAGCAGCAGCAGCAGCAUCUGCGUGCGGGUUUGGGUUUAUCUCUUACCGGGCUGGCGUGAAACCGAUCCCGUCUGGCGGAUCGUCUGCCAGGCUGACUCACCACCGGAGUGUUUGAAAGGUCCCGUGAGAGUGAAAGUGAAGAGAGGCUGAGACGUUACAUCACAACGUGGCAGAGAAAGUGAGAGACGUGGAGAACUGAGUGAGACGUGCGAGAGACGAGGACAAAACAACAAGCAGGAAGUAAAGCUCUGGAGUCUUUGACCCCCUGACCUUUGAACUCUAGCCACAGAGCCAACAUGAAUGACCAGAACGUAGUAAAAGAGGGUUGGGUUCAGAAGAGAGGUGAAUACAUUAAGAACUGGAGACCACGGUACUUUCUGUUAAAGACGGAUGGAUCAUUUAUUGGAUAUAAAGAAAAGCCGCAGGAUGCUGAUUUGGCGUAUCCUCUCAACAACUUCUCUGUGGCCAAGUGUCAGCUGAUGAAGACAGAGAGGCCAAAGCCCAACACCUUCAUCAUCAGAUGCCUGCAGUGGACCACUGUGAUUGAACGCACAUUUCAUGUAGACACACCCGAUGAGAGGGAUGAGUGGGUCGAGGCUAUUCAGAUGGUGGCGGACAAGCUCGCCAAACAGGAAGAAGAGGGAAUCUUGUGUAACCCCAUCUCUCAGGUUGAAAACGUCAACGAGGAAGAGAUGGACACGUCAACCAGUCAUCACAAACGAAAGACAAUGAGUGACUUUGACUAUCUAAAGUUAUUGGGUAAAGGCACAUUCGGGAAGGUGAUUUUGGUGCGAGAGAAAGCCAGCGGAACGUAUUAUGCAAUGAAGAUCCUGAAAAAGGAGGUUAUUAUUGCUAAGGAUGAAGUGGCUCACACACUUACAGAGAGCAGAGUUUUGAAAAACACUAGACAUCCAUUUUUAACAUCGCUGAAGUAUUCGUUUCAGACGAAGGAUCGAUUAUGUUUUGUUAUGGAAUACGUAAAUGGAGGAGAGCUGUUUUUUCAUCUGUCGAGGGAACGUGUGUUUUCGGAGGAUAGAACUCGCUUCUAUGGCGCUGAAAUAGUUUCUGCGUUAGACUACCUGCACUCGGCAAAGAUCGUUUACCGUGACCUUAAACUGGAAAACCUAAUGUUGGAUAAGGACGGUCACAUAAAGAUCACAGAUUUCGGUCUGUGUAAGGAGGGCAUUACGGACGCCGCCACUAUGAAAACAUUCUGCGGGACACCAGAAUAUUUGGCGCCUGAGGUAUUGGAGGACAAUGACUAUGGGAGAGCAGUGGACUGGUGGGGUUUGGGUGUUGUUAUGUACGAGAUGAUGUGUGGACGCCUUCCCUUUUAUAAUCAGGACCACGAGAAGCUGUUUGAGUUGAUUUUGAUGGAAGAGAUCAAAUUUCCCAGAACUCUCUCUGCCGAUGCCAAGUCAUUACUGUCCGGAUUACUUAUCAAAGACCCCAACAAGAGGCUUGGGGGCGGUCCGGAUGAUGCUAAAGACAUCAUGGGACACAGUUUCUUCAAUGCGGUGGACUGGCAAGAUGUCUAUGACAAAAAGCUGGUUCCUCCCUUCAUGCCACAAGUGUCAUCUGAAACUGACACCAGAUAUUUUGAUGAGGAGUUCACAGCACAGACCAUCACCAUCACACCACCAGAGAAGUAUGAUGAGGACGGGAUGGACUCGGAAGAAAGGCGACCACAUUUCCCACAAUUCUCUUAUUCGGCUAGCGGACGGGAGUGAUGUCACGAAAUAACGCCGUCAUUCACCUGAGGCCGGUGGAGGAAACCACCGUAGCCAUGCUAGAAAGAGCCCGCCCCUCAUAUUCCCUUCGAUUCAAUACUGAUAGACAUAGGGAGUCGGUUUUGUUGCUUUCUGUUUGUUUUUUGGUUUAAUUUGUUGAUGUGGGACUUAAAAAGGGGUUUUGCACAGGGUGAGACUUAAGCUAGUCAACCCACAUUAAAAAGUCUUGUACACUUUCAGCUUGUUGUUUACAGACCAUGGACAGUGUUUUGGGGGGAAUAUGAUCAGUAUUGUCGAUGACCUGAUUUUUUUUUUGCACUUGCUUAUAAGAGCCGUAAUGGGGAACAAACCAAAAAUGUUGCCUUAUGUGUGUGGAUCUCCUCUGUCAGACGGACAGAUGGACGGACGGACGGACAGACAGACAUGUAGUUAGGGUUAUUAGAAGCAGCACUAGUUCAGUUCCAGUGAGGCUCAAUUGUUUUUUAUUUAACGCACACAUUCUCCUUCGGAGGUGUCGAAGGGUCUCGUUCCUUUUUCGUGCUUUCGGUAUACGUUCGAGAAAGUGUUUCGCAGGAUGCUAGUGUUGUUAUUUUCAUUAUUUUAUCCUCACGCUCUGAAAUAAAGGUUUAAGUUGCAAAUACACAACAUUACAAACAGCUGCCGUUACUGUAUAAUCUCUCAGGCAAUUCAGAACACGAGUGAAUCUCACCAAAAUAUUGUGAGCAUGCCCAAAAUUACAAUUACAUUUUAUGUAAAUAAUACAAUUACUGUACAUCAUAUCUCACAAUUUUCCAAAACUGACUGUAAAUAAUGUAAGCGUCAUGGCAGUAUUUAAAUAACUUGACAUUAUGAAGGACUGUAAUUCUGAAAACAGUACAGUAAUGAUAAUUAAGUGUGAAAUCCCUCACGAAACGUAACCAACUAUAGUAAUUCACCAUGGGUUUAAUUGUAGUAAGGGAUGGGACCAUGGCACAUUUGGGUAAGAUUCACUCAAAAUCUAUACCCACCGCUGGGUGAAACCCACCCAAAUAUGACAUUUAUCGUCUUGUCGUUACUUUCUCAUCUCUGAUCAACUAAAACAGAGAAGCCUAAGAACCGAAUGAAGUGCAGUCCAAAACGGAGAAAGCACGGUUCAAGGAAUAAUUCAGCCGAAAAUAAUUUAUGUAGCUGUUUUACUCUCUCUAACAUCAUCCUAGGUGUGUAUGACUUCCUUAUUUUAGCCAAACACAGUCAGAGUUAUAUUAAAUAAUAUCCUGGCUCUUUCAAGCUUUAUAAUGGCAUUGGAUAGUGCCCCAUUUUUUAAAGCUUAAAAAUGCAUCCAUCAAACACUAAUUUAAACAGUUAUUAAAUGGGUGAAGUGAUGGUUUUUGAUGGGUGGAUUGGUUUUUGGAGCUUUAAAAUUGGGCACCAUCACAGAGUUAAAUUAAAGGGAUGGUUCACCCAAAAAUGACAAUUCUUUCAUCAUUUACUCUCUCUCAUGUUGUU